AUGCCAGGUCACUUGCUCGCUCCGGCUGAUUGUGCCGUAGUUACGAGGGAUUGGGGAUCUGCUUGGCAUGUGCAAGGGGAUUUGCUACUCCCAGCGGAGAGAGCUUGGCAACAUUUUAGUCUGGUUAUGGGUGAAAGGCUGCCGAUUGCUUUCCAGUUUAUGACGAAAGUGGGUGAUCGGGUGCGCGGUAACAUGCUGGAGCCAACAGCAAUGGAGGUGCCCGUUGCUGGCUCAGUGAGCAAUGCAGUGAUGCCUGCGCCUGUGGUUCACAAUCCACGGGCACGCAAGCUGCGGUCCGCAGUUUGGCAGGACUUCACGAAGGAGCGCCGUGCCGAUGGCAACUGUGUGGCUGUCUGUAACCACUGCAAGAAGCAGCUCACGGCAACUAGCCGGUCAGGCACAACGCACCUCCGCAACCACCUCGUAAUCUGCACCACCACCUCCACACGGCGUGCUGGUAAGCGCCGGAAGCUUGUUGUGCGCCGCAUUCUCCAGAACAAAUCCUCCGUGGAUGGGCGCUCGGGUGAGGGACACGCCUCCGGUGAGGACAAUGAUAAUGAGGGCACACACUUUGAUCAAGAACUCAGCCGCCGAGACCUUGUGCACAUGAUUGUCCAGCAUGGCUACCGGUUUUCGAUUGUGGAUGAUGUGGGCUUCCAAAAGUUUGUCAAGAACCUCCAGCCUCAGUUUAGGAUGGUGUCGUGUGACACAGUGAGGGCCGAUAGCAUGGAAAUAUAUGCAGGUGAGAAACUUAAGCUACAUGAUGUGCUCUUUAAGAUCCCCUGCCGGGUUAGCAUAUCAGUUGACAUGUGGCGGUCAAAUACACAGAUGGAAUACAUGUGCUUGACUUGCCACUACAUUGACCAUGCCAAUGAUGAGUGGAAAGUUAGGAAAAAAAUUCUCAACUUUGUGCAUAUGGAGGCACCUUUUACACUUGAUCAGAUGGUUAAUCUCAUUGUAGAGAAGUUGCAGAGUUGGGGUAUUGACAGAAAGGUAGCUGCUGUUGUGCUAGACAACUGCAACGGUGGUGAAAUUGUUGCUAGAGAGCUCCUCAGAGUUUUGCAGCCUCGGAGGCUUCUAUUGAAUGGGGAAUUGUUCCAAGUACGCUCUUGUGCACAUAUUCUAAAUCUCACUGUCCAAGAAAGCUGGGAACAGGCAUCUGAUAUAACUAAUAGAGUUCGCAAGAUGAUUAACUAUGUCAAGUUUGAAAGAUUCCAAAAGUUUCAGGAUAUUUCAAAGGUACUGCAUAUGGAUCAAAAGCUGCUAGUUGUUGAUUCUCCUGAUAACUGGCCGUCUACUUACUUAAUGUUUGACUCUGCAUGCUACUAUCAUGAUGUGCUUGUGCGCCUGACAGAACAGGAAGGGCAUUAUGAUGUUUUUCUGUCUGCUAGUGACUGGGCUGAUGUGAAAGCCCUCACUGAAAUACUGGACGUAGUCUAUCAUGCUAUGGAGAAGUUUCCUGUGGAAAACCCAACUGCAAACCUCUAUUUUAAUGAGAUGUGUGAGAUCCAUGUGCUUUUGAAAACCUGGAGCAAGAGUCCAUGUACUGUUGUUGCCAAAGUUGCUGACCAGAUGCUUUCUAAGUUUGAGGGCUACUGGAAUCUCACUAGGCCUGUAAUGGCAUUUGCAUCUAUUCUUGAUCCUCGUUACAAGAUGAAGUCCCUCGAAUAUUUUUUUCGGCUCAUUUAUUCUGACGAGCAAUUUACAGCAAAGGCAAUGAUAGAUGUCAUCCAGAAUACCUUUCACAAUCUGUAUAAUGAUUAUAAACAUCAAUCAUCAGAUUCAUGGAAGAAUCCAUCUGUUCUCUGUUACUCUAGAAACAGUAGUUCUUGCAUGGGCUCUAUGUACAGCAAUGGGGAUGAUUCUAAGACCUUCUCACGUAUCACAUUAUCUGAUGCUCGACGGGGACUUGAUCAGUAUAUACAAGAGACCUCAUCAGGACAAUCCUUGAAGUCUGACUUGGAGAUGUAUCUUGAGGAAGCAGUUUAUCGUCAAAAAGAAGGAAAUCAGGAUAAUUUUGACAUUCUGGGAUGGUGGAAGUCCUUUGCAGCCAAGUAUCCUGUACUUUCACAAAUGGCUCGUGAUAUUUUAGCUAUCCCUGUAUCUAUCAUCCCUUUGGACAGUGAAGCCCGUACACUAAAUGAGUAUCUCAGUACUAUGGACCCUUCAACGGUUCAGGGAUUAGUGUGUGCACAGGAUUGGUUACGGGAAGACCCAGAAGUUGUUGCUGGUUCAGGUGGUCAUGGAGAUGUUGGAGCACCGCGUGGUGACGAACUUAUUGUGGUGCCAAAAUAG